AUGUUACUUCAUUACAGGACGCUGGCGAUGGCGACCUCUCGCAAGCAGGUAGUUGGCAAAUACGAACUGGGGAAGGUUUUGGCGUCAGGAUACUUCGAUUGCCGCACUCGUAUCUGCACGCACAUAGUGACAGGAGCGCAAUACGUCGUACGGAUAUACAGUAAAAGUACUCUGGCGGAGGCGCAGUGGAUGUGGGAUCGCACUCGCGAUGCCAUCCACGUCAUGCGUACGCUGCCAAAGCACGAAAAUAUUAUUGAGAUUUCAGAGCUAUUUGAAACAGAAUCCUCACUCUACAUUCUUAUGCAGCUGUUCGCACCGAUGCAUCUGACGAAGAUGUAUACAACUGUAGGUGAAUCGGGGCAACGUGAGAGAGUGCCCAUACAAAGGACAAAGGCACUUUUCCUGCAAGUUGUGCGGGGUUUAAGACACAUGCACGACUGUAGUGUGGUGCACUUGGGACUGGCACCAGACCACGUCAUGGUGAAUGACAGGGACCAUGUGAAAAUUGGCAAUCUCGUCUCUUGUAAAUAUGUCCCAAAAGGAACGAAGUUGUGCCGUGACAUUCGUGGCACAAUGCACACCGUAGCGCCGGAGGUAUUACGCAACGGGGAGUAUGAUCCUUAUCUUGCGGACUCGUGGUCCAUGGGCGUAUUACUCUACUUCAUGUUACACAAUGGACGCUACCCGCACGAUGGGGCAAAUACAACGAAAAAUAUUUUAUACAAUAGGAUCCGCCCACCUGAUCCAAAGCUACCAGCAGAGGCGCUGAACCUAUUGCAGCAGCUGCUGAGCCACAAUCCCGGUUCUCGAAUGCGUGUGGAACAAAUUGCGGAUCACCCAUUCUUUGCGACAGAACAUAAAGAUGUCGAUACAGGUAGAACGGAGCAACAAGCAGCCAGAUAUACUGGCGUGGUGCCGAAUUUAUGGGCUAGCAGGACUGCGCAUAUCCCAGUAGUGCUAAGGGCGCCACUUAAGGAGCGAGUUCAGUACAGUGGUAACCGAGAGGACGCAGCCGCUUACCUGAUACAAAUGUGUUAUAAGGCAUUCAGAGGCCGCAAACGGCGCUUUAGUGACCGCUUUUUGAGCACUCAACCACGUGGAUCUAUAAACCGCAGCCGCAGUCAAGUGGUUGAAGUGGUAUGCCCCUCUUCACGAUCGCGCCGAAGGAAGAAUUACCAAACUCCGCACGGUGAUACAGAGGCAGCCUUCGGACAGGAGCGAACGCACCUCAGCUCGCAACACUAUCAGCAACGAUGGAGCGCAGUAACAAACACAGAAAUGCAGCAAGGGGAACUGGGAAGCCGGACAAGCUCAAUCAACAGUGGGUUCGCAAAAUGUGGAGAAGGGCCUGCAGACCCGGCCGAAGGGAGCUCUUUUUUUGGGUUUAGCGGAAGCGAGUCAGAAGGUAGUCCAAUGAACGCCACACAGGGAUCCCAUUUCAAUUUUUCUUUGAAGUCGGGAAAUUUGCCUCUGACCUUGCCACCACUCAGACGACAAGGAGGUCCCUGCAAGCUCGGCUGUGACCCUACACUCGAUGCUCCUGUUGGCACCCCUCCCAACAGUACUUUCGACGGACCCGAUAACGCUUCCCCCACAACCGCAUCCGUUUGCAACGAAGUGGUCCGUGCCGCAUCAUUCCGAUUGCGAGUUCCCUCGAUGCUUCACUUGAAGGCUGCUGAGGCAUUUUCUCGGGACCUCGAUCUUAGGGGCCCCGGUUUCACUCAUUUCAACACGCGAGUUGACCCCGGGAGGCGUUGCCCGGUGUGCGACAGGCCCCCCGCGCAACGAAUGAAUCGUAAACAACCGUACCUGAACACACCAUAUGAGUACAAGGAGGGGAAAUUUACCAUUAAAACUGUUGCGGACUCUGAUUAA